AAGAGACGGACAGGAUUCUUUGACAAGAACAGAAGAUCUCAGCAUGACUUCAGAGGUCACUUAUGCUGAAGUGAAGUUUAAUAAACCCAAGUCCUCAGGCACCAAAUCAGAGCCUCCUGCAGCUCCCAAAGAGACCAACCUUCACCAAAGUGGCCAUAGUUUUUCCAAGCUACUUCUUACAUCAUUGCUGAUACUUCUGCUACUAUUGGCAAUCUCAUUUUUGAUCGCUUUUAUCUUUUUUUUUCAAAAAUGUUCUUAUGUUCAUAAAGAAGAAAAGGCUGCACAAGAACUCACUCACACAGAAUUGGAAUGUGUGAAAGAAAAUUCGACCCCAGAAGGGAAAGAUUGGAGCUGCUGCCCAAAGAGUUGGGGGCCAUUUAGUUCUAACUGCUAUUUUAUUUCUAAUGGAGCUAAGUUUUGGAAUGAUAGUGAGAAGGAAUGCUUAAGAAUGAACGCUCACCUGCUGGUGAUCAACACCAAAGCUGAGCAGGAUUUCAUCACCCAGAAACUGGAAACUCGCUAUGCUUAUUAUAUGGGCCUGUCAGACAAGACAUUGCCAAUGGGAGAAAGACACUGGCAAUGGGUUGAUCAGACACCAUACAAUGAAAGUGCCACAUUCUGGCAUCGAGGUGAACCCAACAAUCCUAAUGAGCAUUGUGUUAUGCUAAAUGCUGUUUCAAAAAAAUGGGGCUGGAAUGAUAGUCCUUGUAAUGAGCGUCACAAGUUUAUUUGCAAGAUGAUGAAGAUCUACUUGUAAAAUGGAACAUUCUCCAUGACCAUGAGGUUGAAUCGGUAUCCUAUAUCAUAGAGAUAGCUAAUAUAUUCUUGUUAUUCAUAUGUCUUGUUUAAGGAUCUUAAUAGAAUUUUCCAGAAGGUUGUGCACACAUUCAUUCAUUUAUUCAUUCAUGAAAUUUAAAGGGAGCAAAAUUUGCCACUCCCAAAUGUCUUUUUGGCAUGUGUAUUAUUUCGAGCUGAAAAUAUUAGUCAGUGCUAGA